AUGGCGAAUCUUAGUCAGAGUAUUUCGUCUCCUACUUCGUCAAGAAAUACUAGAUGGGAAAACGAAUCUCCAAGAUCGGAUCUUAUGCAGACUAGUUUGUCUCCUACUUCUUCAAGGAAUUUUAGUUCGAAUAAUAAAUUUCCAAGCUCAAAUCUUAAGCAGACUGUAUCGUCUCCUACUUCCUCAACGAAUACUAAUUCAGAUGAUGUCUGUCCAGACCAUGAAUCUUCAAGCUCAAAUUUUAGGCAUAUUAAUCAAAUUUAUUUUUCUAGGAAUUUUGCCUCAGCUAAUCGCUAUCGAGGAUCUAAUAUUAGACACACUAAAUCGCUUUCUUUUUCUUCAAGAAAUACUACUUCUGAUAAUGAAUCUCCAAACGUAAAUGCUAGACAGACUACCUUGCAUGCUAGUAAUUCAAGAAAAACUAAUUUAAAUGAUGAAUCACCAAGCUCUAAUCCUACGCAGACUACUUCGCAUCCUUUUUCUUCAUUGAAUACUGAUACGGAAAGAGAACCUUCAAGCUCAAACGUAAGGCAGAUUAAUCAAGUGUAUAUUCCAAGGAAUUCUGUCUCUGAUAAUCGCUAUCGAGGAUCGAAUUUUAGACACACUAAUUCAUUUUCUUUUUCUUCAAGGAAUACUGAUACGCACAGAGAACCCUCAAGCUCAAAUUUUCGGCAGAUCAAUCAAUUUCAUUCUCCAAGGAAUUCUGCCUCAGCUAAUCGCUAUCGAGGAUCUAAUUUUAGACACACUAAUUCAUUUUCUUUUUCUUCAAGGAAUACUGAUACGCAAAGAGAACCCUCAAGCUCAAAUUUUCGGCAGAUCAGUCAAUUUUAUUCUCCAAGGAAUUCUGCCUCAGCUAAUGGCUAUCGAGGAUCUAAUGUUAGACACACUAAAUCGCUUUCUUCUUCUUCAAGAAAUACUACUUCUGAUAAUGAAUCUCCAAACGUAAAUGCUAGACAGACUACCUUGCAUGCUAGUAAUUCAAGAAAAACUAAUUUAAAUGAUGAAUCACCAAGCUCUAAUCCUACGCAGACUACUUCGCAUCCUUUUUCUUCAUUGAAUACUGAUACGGAAAGAGAACCUUCAAGCUCAAACGUAAGGCAGAUUAAUCAAGUGUAUAUUCCAAGGAAUUCUGUCUCUGAUAAUCGCUAUCGAGGAUCUAAUUUUAGACACACUAAUGCAUUUUCUUUUUCUUCAAGGAAUACGCAAAGAGAACCUUCAAGCUCAAAUUUUCGGCAGAUCACUCAGUUUUAUUCUCCAAGGAAUUCUGCCUCAGAUAAUCGCUAUCGAAGACCCAAUUUUAGGCGUACUAAUCCAUCUUCUUAUUCAAGAAAUAUUACACCGGAUAAUGAAUCUCCAAGCUCAAAUGCUAGGCAGACUAACUUGUUUCUUACUCGUACAAGGAAUACUAAUUCGGAAAAUGAACGUCCAAGCUCCAACUUUAGCCAGAAUACUUCGUCUCUCAAUUUGUCAAGCACUCUUGUUUCAACUGAGGAAUUUUCAAGUUCUAUAUUCUGGCCAGACUAA